AAACUUGUCCAUUAUAAUCCAUUUUAUUUAUUGCUUCGCAGAAUAAUCCUUUAUUUUUUUCUUAGUUGUAGAAUAAUCAUAUUGUUCAAUUUUCAACCAAGUAGAACAAUGUGUUCUGGUUGCCUUCCACCAGCAUGAACAGUUGACCGGUUGACCAAUUUUAUCUGAAUAUUUCAUCCUAUCAGACACUUAUCGAAAUUUCCUUUUAAAUUCCCUCACUGCUCUGGGUAAACACCCCGUAAGCUUAUGAUUGAUUUUCUUAUCUUUGAAUGAUAUCACUCUCUUUAUAGAAUAAUUUAAUAGCAAGUUCAGUUGGAAGCUCAGAAAAAUCAAAUACCUGCACUAGUUUCCUCCUUCUCUCUGCGCAGGCAAUUACCUGGGAAAUUUCCUUCGAUCAGUAAGUAAGGAUCAUAUUAAUUGUCAUGGUCUUUUAUUCGUCAACGGAAUUUGGAUUAUCGUGCAUGAAUGGAUGGGAUGUGGGGAGGCCAAGUCAAUUAUGAUGCACAGAAAUAUGUAUAUUUAAAUUUAUACUAUAUAGUUUUCAACCUUGCACAGCUAUUGAGGAGCGAGAGUUGUAAUGGGAGAUUAAUUUCUGCAACAAACUUUUUCUAUAUUCAAAAAAUGGAUACAAUUGCAGCGUCUUCCCAUAAAAUUCUUCAUCUGGUGAGGCAUGCAGAAGGAAUGCAUAAUCUAGAAUCAGACAAGAGUCGUGAUCCGCUAACAUCAUUCGAGUUUUUGGAUGCUCAACUCUCCUCUCUCGGCCGGCAGCAGGUUGUUGCUGAGAGGAAACAUGUUCGUGAAACUGGACUGCUCGAUGAGGUUGAAGUUGUCAUCGUUUCCCCCAUGACAAGAACAUUGGAAACGGCAGUAGGGAUGUUUGGGGGUAAAGAGCAAGCAGAUGCAUUAGACGUCAGCUCAUGCCAGGAUUCAAAUGUAAAUAGCAAUCAAACAUCCGCGAUUUUCAAUAGUCGGCCACCAAUUGUAGCAUAUGAGCUUUGUCGAGAACGAAUGGGAAUAUUAGAAUGUGAUAAGAGAACAAAUAUUAGUCAAUAUCGGUCUCGUUUCCCUAUAGUUGAUUUUUCAUUGAUUGAAAAUGAAGAUGAUGUUUUGUGGAAAUCAGAUGAAAGAGAAAGCCACGACGAAAUCCAAGCUAGGACAAUUAAGUUCCUCAAAUGGUUAUGGGAGAGGAAAGAAGAGAAGAUAGCAGUUGUGAGCCAUGGUAUAUUUUUGCAAAAAGCGAUGAUCGAACUUGUUAAGAAUAACAAUUUUUACCGCUUGCCGCUUCGAGGACAACCGAUUAAAUUAGAACGAAAAAAUUGGUACCGUUUAAUGGAUGAUGAGUAUGCACGCAGCCGCUUUAAAAAUUGCGAAAUUCGUUCAAUCGCCAUUUUGCACCAAAGCACGAUGGAAUCAGAUCCGAUGAUCAGUAAGCAGCACCAUUGUGGAAGAAUUGGAAAAGAAAUGCUCCAAAUUAGGGAUUCUAGCAAUGACAAAAUGGCAGUGGAGGAGCUGGAAGUCACCAUUUAAUGAUUGCCUCAUCUGCAAAAUGGGUGUAUGAUUUCAAGGUCCAACUCCCACCCUUGGAUCUUUUAUUUAAGGUGCUUUUCGAAGAAAUUGCAUCUAUUGUUGUUUUUCUUUUGUAAGAUUUUAAGUUUUAAUGAUUUGGAAAAAAUAAACCCUUGGCUGAGCUCUGUUCGUGGCAAUAAAAACAACAUCAAAUUAAUUAAUUAAUUAAA